AUGGGCAACUUCUGUCCUGCACUCCACUCCCUGACGAGACUCGGCCUGCUGUGGCUGCUUCUGAUACCGGCAGCGUUGGUGCAGCGCGGCUCUCACAGCCUGGCCGAGGAUCGCCUCUUCAAAUACCUCUUCGGCAGCUACAACCGCUGGGCCAGGCCGGUGCCCAACACUUCGGAUGUGGUCAUUGUGCGCUUCGGACUGUCCAUUGCCCAGCUCAUUGACGUGGACGAGAAGAACCAAAUGAUGACCACCAACGUCUGGCUGAAGCAGGAGUGGAAUGACUACAAGCUGCGCUGGAACCCCGCUGACUUUGGCAACAUCACCUCCCUCCGGGUCCCUUCAGAGAUGAUCUGGAUCCCCGACAUUGUCCUCUACAACAAUGCAGAUGGAGAGUUUGCGGUGACUCACAUGACCAAGGCCCACCUCUUCUCCACGGGCACCGUGCACUGGGUGCCCCCGGCCAUCUACAAGAGCUCCUGCAGCAUCGACGUCACCUUCUUCCCCUUUGACCAGCAGAACUGCAAGAUGAAGUUCGGCUCCUGGACCUAUGACAAAGCCAAGAUCGACCUGGAGCAGAUGGAGCAGACGGUGGACCUGAAGGACUACUGGGAGAGCGGCGAGUGGGCCAUCAUCAACGCCACGGGCACCUACAACAGCAAGAAGUAUGACUGCUGUGCUGAGAUCUACCCCGACGUCACCUACUACUUCGUCAUCCGCCGGCUGCCGCUCUUCUACACCAUCAACCUCAUCAUCCCCUGCCUGCUCAUCUCCUGCCUCACCGUGCUGGUCUUCUACCUGCCCUCCGAGUGCGGCGAGAAGAUCACGCUGUGCAUCUCUGUGCUGCUCUCGCUCACCGUCUUCCUGCUGCUCAUCACCGAGAUCAUCCCGUCCACCUCGCUGGUCAUCCCGCUCAUCGGCGAGUACCUGCUCUUCACCAUGAUCUUUGUCACGCUGUCCAUCGUCAUCACCGUCUUCGUGCUCAACGUGCACCACCGCUCCCCCAGCACCCACACCAUGCCCUGCUGGGUGCGCAUGGUGCUGCUUGGCUGUCUGCCCCGGUGGCUGCUGAUGAGGCGUCCCCUGCCCCCCGUGGAGCUCCGGCAACCCCCCGAUCUGAAGCUCAGCCCCUCUUAUCACUGGCUGGAGAGCAAUGUGGAUGCCGAAGAGCGGGAGGAGACAGAUGAAGAGGAGGAGGAGGAAGACAGAUGGGUGUGUGCGGGCCUCCCGCCCCCCUCUGUGGGGGUCCUCUACUCGCGUGAGGGCCUGCGCGCGGGAGUGCCAGGGCCCAAGGCCGAGGCUGUAUCACCGCCGGACGGGGAGCUCCUCCUGUCACCCCAGAUCCACAAGGCUCUGGAAGGCGUGCACUACAUCGCCGAGCACCUGCGGUCGGAGGAUGCCGACUCGAUGGUGAAGGAAGACUGGAAGUAUGUGGCCAUGGUCAUCGACAGGAUAUUCCUCUGGCUGUUUAUCAUCGUCUGCUUCCUAGGAACAGUUGGGCUCUUUCUUCCUCCAUUCUUGGCUGGAAUGAUCUGACCUCGGUCCCUCGGUCGCUUCCAAGAGUCUUGCAAGCCUCACCUUUCAUCUUGAACU